UCUGAGUGCGGAUAUGUUUGUGAGCCUGCCUGCACGUGUGUGUGUGUGUGUGUGUGUGUGUGUAGUCUUGUGGUCAGGGAAGUUGUGCAUGUGUGUGUUUGUUUCUUGGCGUGUCUCAGUGUUUACCCCAGAAACAGAUAGGAACUUGGCAGAUAGGAACACAGCAGAUUCGUAUUCAAACUUGUCCCUUGUGAAUCUGCAGGCAGCAGCUCCAGCUUGUGCUGGUUCCCACCACAGUCUCAGGAGGGGUGCCCUGUGAGGAGAGGGCAAAGACCAGCUUCAGUCCAAGGGACUCCUGGAGUCUUCCAGAAUUCUGAGCUGAGGGUUUCCCUCCCCCACUCCCUCCCAUCAGUGGUCACGAGACCGACCUCUAAGGCGUUCCCUGCCAGAAGGGAGGGGGACCUAGGAGUUGGCUGGCAUCGAGCUCCCCGGCUGCUUUUCAGGGUCCUCCACUGGAGGGAGCGCAGAGUCCAGAGGGAUUUACUUUUCCUGAGGCCCUGGGGAGCCCAGUCCCUUGUGGGCCCAAACCCCAGCCCUUGGCAGAGUUUGAGUUUGGGAGCCAGCCAGUUAGGGGUGGCAUAUCUCUGUUUGAUAUUGGGUGACUUUCUGGAGAAAAGCUGAUGCUUUUGAGAGAGCCGGAGUAAGUGGGGGUCAGCCUCCCCCCAAGCCUGGCUCCAAGGCCUGGACCCCAGUCCUGAUCCCCCACGUGUUCCCCCACUCGGCACAGGAGGCACACAUAUUCACUCCACUUUCUUCCUCUUCCUCCUCCAGCCCACUUUCUCUUCUCUGUGUCGUCAGAGCUCCAGGGAGGGACCUGGGUAGAAGGAGAAGCCGGAAACAGCGGGCUGGGGCAGCCACUGCUUACACUGAAGAGGGAGGACAGGAGAGGAGUGUGUGUGUGUGUGUGUGUGUGUGUGUGUAUGUAUGUGUGUGUUUUAUCUUAUUUUUCUUUUUGGUGGUGGUGGUGGAAGGGGGAAGGUGCUAGCAGGGCCAGCCUUGAACUCGCUGGACAGAGCUACAUACCUAUGGGGCCUGGAAGUGCCCGCUGAGAAAGGGAGAAGACAGCAGAGGGGUUGCCAAGGCAACCUCCAAGUCCCAGAUCAUGUCUCUGUGGGGUCUGGUCUCCAAGAUGCCCCCAGAAAAAGUGCAGCGGCUCUAUGUCGACUUUCCCCAACACCUGCGGCAUCUUCUGGGUGACUGGCUGGAGAGCCAGCCCUGGGAGUUCCUGGUCGGCUCAGAUGCCUUCUGCUGCAACUUGGCUAGUGCCCUACUUUCAGACACUGUCCAGCGCCUUCAGGCCUCGGCGGGAGAGCAGGGGGAGGGGAGCACCAUCUUGCAACACAUCAGCACCCUGGAGAGCAUAUAUCAGAGGGACCCCCUGAAGCUGGUGGCCACUUUCAGACAAAUACUUCAAGGAGAGAAAAAAGCUGUUAUGGAACAGUUCCGCCACUUGCCAAUGCCCUUCCACUGGAAGCAGGAAGAACUCAAGUUUAAGACAGCCCUGCGGAGGCUGCAGCACCGAGUAGGGGAGAUCCACCUCCUCCGAGAAGCCCUGCAGAAGGGGGCUGAGGCUGGCCAAGUGUCUCUGCACAGCUUGAUAGAAACUCCUGCUAAUGAGACUGGGCCAAGUGAGGCCCUGGCCAUGCUACUGCAGGAGACCACCGGAGAGCUAGAGGCAGCCAAAGCUCUAGUGCUGAAGAGGAUCCAGAUUUGGAAACGGCAGCAGCAGCUGGCAGGGAAUGGCGCACCCUUUGAGGAGAGCCUGGCCCCACUCCAGGAGAGGUGUGAGAGCCUGGUGGACAUUUAUUCCCAGCUACAGCAGGAGGUAGGGGCGGCUGGUGGGGAGCUUGAGCCCAAGACCCGGGCAUCGCUGAUUGGCCGGCUGGAUGAAGUCCUGCGAACCCUCGUCACCAGUUGCUUCCUGGUGGAGAAGCAGCCCCCCCAGGUACUGAAGACUCAGACCAAGUUCCAGGCUGGAGUUCGAUUCCUGCUGGGCUUGAGGUUCCUGGGGGCCCCAGCCAAGCCUCCGCUGGUCAGGGCCGACAUGGUGACAGAGAAGCAGGCGAGGGAGCUGAGUGUGCCUCAGGGUCCUGGGGCUGGAGCAGAAAGCACUGGAGAAAUCAUCAACAACACUGUGCCCUUGGAGAACAGCAUUCCUGGGAACUGCUGCUCUGCCCUGUUCAAGAACCUGCUUCUCAAGAAGAUCAAGCGGUGUGAGCGGAAGGGCACUGAGUCUGUUACAGAGGAGAAAUGCGCUGUGCUCUUCUCUGCCAGCUUCACACUUGGCCCUGGCAAACUCCCCAUUCAGCUCCAGGCCCUGUCUCUGCCCCUGGUGGUCAUCGUCCAUGGCAACCAAGACAACAAUGCCAAAGCCACCAUCCUGUGGGACAAUGCCUUCUCUGAGAUGGACCGCGUGCCCUUUGUGGUGGCUGAGCGGGUGCCCUGGGAGAAGAUGUGUGAAACUCUGAACCUGAAGUUCAUGGCUGAGGUGGGGACCAACCGGGGGCUGCUCCCAGAGCACUUCCUCUUCCUGGCCCAGAAGAUCUUCAAUGACAACAGCCUCAGCAUGGAGGCCUUCCAGCACCGUUGUGUGUCCUGGUCGCAGUUCAACAAGGAGAUCCUGCUGGGCCGUGGCUUCACCUUUUGGCAGUGGUUUGAUGGUGUCCUGGACCUCACCAAACGCUGUCUCCGGAGCUACUGGUCUGACCGGCUGAUCAUUGGCUUCAUCAGCAAACAGUAUGUUACUAGCCUUCUUCUCAAUGAGCCCGAUGGAACCUUUCUCCUCCGCUUCAGCGACUCAGAGAUUGGGGGCAUCACCAUUGCCCAUGUCAUCCGGGGCCAGGAUGGCUCUCCACAGAUAGAGAACAUCCAGCCAUUCUCUGCCAAAGACCUGUCCAUUCGCUCACUGGGGGACCGAAUCCGGGAUCUUGCUCAGCUCAAAAACCUCUAUCCCAAGAAGCCCAAGGAUGAGGCUUUCCGGAGCCACUACAAGCCUGAACAGAUGGGUAAGGAUGGCAGGGGUUAUGUCCCAGCUACCAUCAAGAUGACCGUGGAAAGGGACCAACCACUUCCUACCCCAGAGCUCCAGAUGCCUACCAUGGUGCCUUCUUAUGACCUUGGAAUGGCCCCUGAUUCCUCCAUGAGCAUGCAGCUUGGCCCAGAUAUGGUGCCCCAGGUGUACCCACCACACUCUCACUCCAUCCCCCCGUAUCAAGGCCUCUCCCCAGAAGAAUCAGUCAACGUGUUGUCAGCCUUCCAGGAGCCUCACCUGCAGUUGCCCCCCAGCCUGGGCCAGAUGAGCCUGCCCUUUGACCAGCCUCACCCCCAGGGCCUGCUGCCGUGCCAGCCUCAGGAGCAUGCUGUGUCCAGCCCUGACCCCCUGCUCUGCUCAGAUGUGAACAUGGUGGAAGACAGCUGCCUGAGCCAGCCUGUGAGAGCGUUUCCUCAGGGCACUUGGAUUGGCGAAGACAUAUUCCCUCCUCUGCUGCCUCCCACUGAACAGGACCUCACUAAGCUUCUCCUGGAGGGGCAAGGGGAGUUGAGGGGAGGGUCCUUGGGGGCCCAACCCCUCCUGCAGCCCUCCCACUAUGGGCAAUCUGGGAUCUCAAUGUCCCACAUGGACCUAAGGGCCAACCCCAGUUGGUGAUCCCAGCUGGAGGAAGAACCCAGAGACAGCUCUUCUACUACCCCCACAGACCUGCUCUGGACACUUGCUCAUGCCCUGCCAAGCAGCAGAUGGGGAGGGUGCCCUCCUAUCCCCACCUACUCCUGGGUCGGGAGGAAAAGACUACCAGGAGAAUGCACAGUGGGUGGAGCCAAUCCACUCCUUCCUUUCUAUCAUUCCCCUGCCCACCUCCUUCCAGCACUGACUGGAAGGGAAGUUCAGGCUCUGAGACACGCCCCAACAUGCCUGCACCUGCAGCACACACACACACACACACACGCACACACAGAUACAGAGCUCUCUGAGGGUGAUGGGGCUGAGCAGGAGGGGGGCUGGGUAAGAGCACAGGUUAGGGCAUGGAAGGCUUCUCCGCCCACUCUGACCCAGGGCCUAGGACGGAUAGGCAGGAACAUACAGACACAUUUACACUAGAGCCAGGGAUAGAGGAUAUUGGGUCUCAGCCCUGGGGGAAUUGGAAGCAGCUCAAGGGACCCUGGGUGGGAGCACAGGAGGGGUCUGGACAUGUGGUUACUAAUACAAGUUUUGCCCUGAUUAAAAAAUCUCCCAAAGCCCCAAAUUCCUGUUGGCCAGGUGGAGGCUUCUGAUAUGUGUAUGAGACUAUGCAAAAGUACAAGGGCUGAGUUUCUUCAUGUAUAGCUGUGUGAACGUGUAUGUACCUAGGAUAUGUUAAUGUAUAGCUGGCACAUUAGUUGCACGACCACAUACAACAUGUGUCUGUCUGCUUUUGCCUAUGUGACAACACAAAUUUGGGAGUGUGAGACAUUGCACAGAAGACAGCAGCAAGUGUGCUGGCCUCUCUGACAUAUGCUAACCCCAAAAUACUCUGAAUUUGGAGUCUGACUGUGCCCAAGUGGGUCCAGGUAGCUAUGACAUCUACAUAUGGCUCCACACCUCCAAUGCUGCCUGGGAGCCAGGGCGAGAGUCUGGGUCCAGGUCUGGCCAUGCGGCCCUCCAGUGUAUGAGAGGAGGGCCUGCUGCAUCUUUUCUGUUGCCCUAUCCACUGCCAGCUUUCCUUCACUCCCCCAUCCCAUGCCACCCUUUCUCCCUCUCGAGGCAGGGGUCAUAGAUCCUAAGCCAUAAAAUAAAUUUUAUUCCAAAAUAACAAAAUAAAUAAUCUACUGUACACAA